AUGGCUCGUACGAAGCAAACCGCGAGAAAAUCCACCGGAGGAAAAGCUCCCAGGAAGCAGCUCGCCACCAAGGCGGCGAGGAAAUCUGCGCCGACCACCGGAGGAGUUAAGAAGCCUCACCGUUACCGUCCCGGAACCGUCGCUCUCCGUGAGAUUCGCAAAUACCAAAAGAGCACUGAAUUGCUGAUCCGUAAACUUCCUUUCCAGCGUCUUGUUCGUGAAAUCGCUCAGGAUUUCAAGACGGAUCUGAGAUUCCAGAGCCACGCAGUGUUGGCGCUUCAAGAAGCUGCAGAGGCUUAUUUGGUUGGUUUGUUCGAGGACACUAAUCUCUGUGCGAUUCACGCCAAGAGGGUGACGAUUAUGCCGAAAGACAUUCAGUUGGCGAGGAGGAUUCGUGGAGAGCGUGCUUAG